AUGGAUUUUAGAUUCCAGUAUGUGGUACAGGAGUUGUUUGAUACAGAGAAGGACUAUGUCAGGGACCUUGCCAGCAUUGUGGAGGGAUACAUGGCAUAUAUGAGAGACAACCCCCUCCCGGAUGAAAUGGAGGGAAAGGACAAAAUUGUGUUUGGCAACAUUCAUCAGAUCUAUGAUUGGCACAAAGAAACCAUGCUUGCAGAAUUAGAAAAAUGUUUAACAAAUCCAGCCAGAGUCGGAUCUAUAUUUAUUCGCUAUGAACGAAGAAUGUACAUGUAUGUAAAAUACUGUGAGAACAAACCCAAGUCUGAGUAUAUUGUGUCAGAGUUCCUCGACACCUACUUUGAGGAGGUACGACAGAAAUUGGGCCACCGCCUCAUGUUGCCAGAUCUAUUGAUAAAACCAGUUCAAAGAAUUAUGCGUUAUCAGCUGUUGCUCAAGGACAUAGUAAAGUACACAGAAAAGGCUGAAGAAGACCCUACAGAGCUGAGGAAGGCACUUCGAGUGAUGUGUGUGGUACCAAAAGCAGCAAAUGAUAUGAUGCAAGUAGGACGGCUACAAGGUUUUGAUGGCAAAAUUACAGCUCAAGGGAAACUACUGUUGCAG